UGCCAAUGCUUGUUUGUUUCUAUGUGCCCUGCGACUGGCUGGCGAUCGGUUCAGGGUGUUACCCGGCCUCUCGCCCGAAGUGAGCUAGGAUGGGCGCCAGCACGCCCGCGACCCGCGUGAGGAGAAGCAGUACGGAAAACGGAUGGAUUAUUUUGUUAUUAAUCAUUAUAGUAUAUUAUUAAUCAUUACUUCCUGUCAUGGCUCUUGAUUGCUCACUAGUAACUUAACAGUGUCACAUAAAAGUCUUAAAAUGUCUUAAGAGAAAGAAUGUUUGUUUUUGUUUCUUUUCCUUGGCAAUUGGUUAUAAUUUCGCCUUUUACGUGAGCAAUGCGGCUCAAAUUCCCAAAACUUCUCUUUGUACGACUUUUUGGGCACAAAAAAGGAAGUGCAACUCAGAGACCAACAAAACAUCUGAUUUUGGUGAUUAAUACCCUCCUUCCUCACGUAAGCCUGAAACAGGAAGACAGUCAAGUGACGAUCUUGACGCUUUCGUCGGAGUGCAAAAAUGCCAGAGACUGAAGUUCUCUACUCAGAUUUGGUUUUCGUCAAAUCACGGGGAAAUCAAAGCAGGGACGCAGCCUCAUCAGCGCCUGAGACAAACAGCGCCAAAGUCAUCGUGGCGAAAACACAGUCGAAGCCACUGCACGGUGCCAAGCCAGUGAGGUCAAAGUUGACGACGGAGAGAGUGGCCUUUGUGGUAGUGUGUGUGCUCCUGGUGCUCGCGCUUGUUGCUCUUUGUUACAUCUCUUACCAGAACGUUCAGAGCAGGAAGAACCUCCAAAGACUGAAGGCUGAACCCGAGGUGUGGAAAGCCAGUCAGUCAGACGGCCAGAUCUUCCAAAAGGACGGCGUCUGCAGGAGUUGCGACUCAGGUUGGGAGCUUAACGGAGAAAGCUGCUACCGGUUCUCGACCACCCAGGACACCUGGGAACGGAGCAGAAGAAUUUGCCAGCUUCAGAAUGGCAACCUGGUGAAGAUCGACAGUCGCGACGAGCAGAGCUUUGUGGAGAGGAGACUGAGGGACAAAAUGAGCUUCCAGGAAGACAAGUUCUGGAUCGGCUUGACGGACUCCAAGCAGGAGGGUCGAUGGCUUUGGGCGGACGGCUCGCCUCUGGACCCGAGCUUGAGCUUCUGGGCCAGGAACGAGCCUGACAACUGGUCGGGGGACGGCGGCGGCGAGGUCGGUGAGGACUGCGUCCGCAUGGGCGAGAAGGACGGCGCUCACGAGCUCCUGUGCUGGUUCGACAAAGCCUGUGGCGUCCCGCACAGGAGCGUCUGUGAGAAGACAGCGCGGAAGGGACGGCGGCCGUCCUGCGAAUUCCUCUGAACACAAUUUCUCUUUGAAGUCCACUGAAAGACAACAUAGAAUGCUGUCAUAGAAUGUGUACAGUUCAGGCUAAAAAUAGACAUGGUCAGGUCAAAGUGACUUUUGAUUUGUUGAACGUAAUCAUUUUGACUGGAAAUGACCCAAUAAAAUGGCAAAAAAAUUA